AGCAGAGCGCUCAUCAUGUCACCACUCGGACUAAAAGCCAUUGUUGGAGAAAAGAUAAUGAACAAUGUCAUCAAGAAAGCAAGAGAAAAAGGAAAAUGGAAGGUGCUGGUGGUGGACAAGCUGAGCAUGAGGAUGAUCUCCUCUUGCUGUAAGAUGACAGACAUUAUGUCAGAGGGAAUCACCAUUGUGGAAGACAUAACUAAGCGGCGUGAGCCUUUGCCCAGCAUGGAGGCCAUCUAUCUGAUCACGCCCUCAGAUGAGUCUGUUGAGGGUCUGAUCGAUGACUUCAGAGACCCACAGAAUCCAAGGUACCGAGGAGCUCAUGUCUUCUUCACCGACACCAUCCCAGAUAUGCUGUUUGGACUGUUGACCAAAUCCCGCGCCUCCAAAGCCAUGAAGGCCUUGACCGAGAUCCACAUCGCCUUUCUGCCCUAUGAAUCUCAGGUCUUCUCCCUGGACAAAGUGGAUGCCUUUCAGGACUUCUACAGCCCCUUCAAGGCUGAUGUGAAGAACAACAUGUUGGAGCGCUGUGCUGAGCAGAUCGCCACCCUGUGUGCCACACUCAAAGAGUAUCCUGGAGUCCGAUACAGAGGGGAGUACAAAGACUGUGCAGUUCUGGCUCAGAUGCUUCAGGAGAAGCUGGAUGGUUACAAGGCUGAUGACCCCACCAUGGGAGAGGGUCCAGACAAGUCUCGCACUCAGCUGCUCAUUCUGGAUCGCGGCUUUGAUCCUGUGUCUCCCAUCCUGCAUGAGCUCACGCUGCAGGCCAUGGCCUACGAUCUGCUGGGCAUCGAGAACGACGUCUACAAGUUUGAGACCAGUGGCAUGGGAGAGACGAGGAUGAAGGAGGUGUUGCUGGAUGAGGACGAUGACCUGUGGCUGACUCUGAGACACAAACACAUCGCAGAAGUGUCGACGGCUGUGACUCGUUCUCUCAAAGAGUUCUCUGCCAGCAAAAAGAUGAACACUGGAGAAAAGACCACCAUGAAGGAACUGUCUCAGAUGCUGAAGAAGAUGCCUCAGUAUCAGAAAGAGCUCAGCAAGUAUUCCACUCACCUCCACCUGGCUGAAGACUGCAUGAACCGUUACCAGGGAACUGUGGACAAACUCUGUCGUGUCGAACAGGACCUGGCGAUGGGCGUGGAUGCAGAGGGUGAGAAGAUCAAGGAUCCCAUGAGGCUCAUUGUCCCCAUCCUGCUGGAUGCUAACGUCAGUGUGUCUGACAAGAUCCGCAUCAUCCUGCUCUACAUCUUCCUCAAAAACGGUGUGACUGAGGAGAACCUGUGUAAGCUCCUCCAGCAUGCCAACAUCCCACCAGAGGACAGUGACAUCAUUUCCAACAUGGCCCACAUGGGCAUCCCCAUUGUCUCCGAGGUCACUGUCAAGAAAGCCAAGAAGCCCGAUCGUAAGGAGCGAAUCAGCGAGCAGACCUACCAGCUCUCCAGGUGGACUCCUCUCGUCAAGGAUCUCAUUGAGGACGCCAUUGAAGACAAACUUGACCCAAAGCAGUACCCGUACAUUUCCCAGCGACAAGCAUCUGCCAAAGCCAGUGCUCCAUCAAGUGCUCGCUAUGGUAACUGGCACAAGAACAGGGGGCCCACUGAGAUUAAGACGGGCCCCAGGAUCAUCGUCUUCAUUAUUGGAGGGAUGACAUACAGCGAGAUGCGCUGUGUCUAUGAGGUCACUCAGGCCAAUGGCAAAUGGGAGGCUCUGAUUGGUUCCACCCACGUUCUCACCCCACCUAAGUACUUAAAGGAACUACAGCACCCAGACUUCCUGGACCCCAACGCCCCUCCAGAGGGCACAGAGGGCACAGAGGGCACAGAGGAGCCGCCUGCAGAAUGA